UAGACAAUUCGCAGAACUUUUCCCAGUCAGUGUUUUAAUGGAAUUCCUCGAUCUUUUGGUUGAAGUAAUAUCAAAGGUUUAUCUGACUAACAUAAUUAUCUAAUCUCUAAAUUAAUGAUUUAAACUGAUAAAUUAUGAAUUGAAGUCUCAAAAUAACAUCCUUGUAGGCUUUGACUACCUGAUUCUUCCCCACUGUUAAAUUUACCUAAAGGUAGAUGUAUAAAUUUUUUUCUGUGAAGAUGUCUUUGAAUCGUUCAGGUACUGUGUCUAGCAUGGGUUCUAAGUUGACAAUGGGUGUAAGUCAGCCCCAUCGCUCUCAGUACAGCAUCUGCUCAGUUUUUCACUUACUAGCCAUUCCGGUCGUGGUCACAUGUCACUCUGAGAUACCAGUGCUCUUUCUUGGAAAACCCCAAUAUCUGUGCAACAUCUGUCUGAUCAUUUACCAGUUCACCUAUGCAGUCGUUGGAUGAUACUUUGCAGUUGUCACCAGAAAAUAUUGCCCGAGAAAUGUGGCUGCCAGUUUAGCGUGCUGCUUGACGUUCAUAGCAUUACAUGCCUGCAAAAUCCAUGUGAACAAGCAUAUUGUACAUCGUUGCAACAUCGCAAGGCAAGCAUAAUGAUCAUGCAUCCAGCUGACGUCGUAACUGCAAUAUUGACAUCCGUUGUGUGCAAUGCCAUACAUAGUCCCUGUUCACACAUGUUGCUAACAAGAAUCAUGGAAGAUGCGUUCUAAGCAAAUGAUGUUACCAGACCGAUUUGUUUAUAUGAUUCUGUUUCAGGAUAGUUUUCUAGAUUAAGGACUCAACAAAGGAGCUAAAACAGAUGUUUAACAAAACUUCAGAUAUCGUUUUUGCUGAUGCACACAAAAAGCGUACAGGAGAAGGUGUCGUUGAGUUCAGAACUCAUAAAGACAUGAUGAAAGCCUGCAAAACUCAUAAUGGAAUGGAAAUCAAUGGCAAGGCUAUCAAGCUAGAAAUUGAGGAACAUAGAAGACGCGGUUCCCGCUCACGUUCGCGCUCAAAUUCAAAAGACAGAUCUCGGGGAAGAAAAAGGUCGAGAUCAAGCGAGGGGAAAGCAACAAAAAAAAGGCGAACGAAAAAGAAGCAAGAAGCCUCUGAAGAAUCCAGUUCUUAUUCUUCCUCAUCCGAGAGUGAUUCAGAUUCAGAAUCAAGAUCGCCGUCUCCAAAGAAGAAGUCAAAGAAAAAGAAGAAGAAGAAGGAGACAAAAAAAACCAAAAAGCGCACGAAGAAGAAGGAUUCAGAUUCGAGUUACUCCAGCUCUUCUUCUGCUUCAGAGUCGGAUUCUGAUUCACCAGCUAGGAAGAAAUCAACUAAGAAAACAAAGAGCAAGAAAAAGAAUAGAUCUCAAAAGUCUAGGUCAAGCUCAGAUUCAGAUAAUGAAGGUUCAGUCCAAAGAGAUAAGUCAGCCUCGUCUGGACGGGAGGCAUCAGCCUCUCCUGUCAGAGAAGGAUCACAGUCUCCUUCCAAAGAGCGUGCUCCAUCAUCUGAACGAGAGGGUUCUGCGUCACCGGAUCGCAUAUCUAAAGGAUCAGACCGUGAAGCAACACCAGUCUCUGGGAAGGAGCAGUCUCCCGACAGAGACGGAUCCCCUUCACCUCAAGCGUCUCCACAAAAUAAUGAAAAGAUAGAGAAUGAAGAUAAAUCACCUUCAGAUGAAGCCAUGGAAGAGAACGAGGAAAAGGAAGGUUCAGGAGAAGAAAACACAGCAAACGUUGAGGAAGAAGAAGAUCUUCCCAAAGGCCGCAAAAGCAGGCGCACAGAGUCAAAGUCACCUGAAAGGGAUGCAAGAAAGAAGUCAAAAGAUAGAAAGGGAGAAUCAAGGGAGAGUGGGAGUUCAAGAAAGACAAGAGGAAAGAAUAUAGAUGGAGACGACUCGAGAAGUAAAGAAAAAGCUGAAAGCAAGCGUGAAAAUAAAGAAAGAAAAGGCGAAGAUGUAGUAAAGACUGAAGAUAGAAGUAAAGAAGAGAAAAAGAAGGAUAAAGACCACAGGAGAAGUGGAGGGCCUGUGAAGCUUAAAAGAGCAAAGGAUAGUCAUCGUAAGUCACCAGAGAGGAAGGAAGAAACUUCAAAUCAGGAAGAAAGUAAAGAUGAGGUGAAAAUUCCGGAUGAAGAAGUAGAUGAGAAAGUUGAAACAGAGAAAGGUGGCAAGGCAACGCAUAAGGAAAAGAAAAGUGCAGAAAAAUCAAAGGGAAAAGGGAAAGAUUCAGAUAGGUCAAGGAGAAGCAGUGAUAAGAGAAAGAAAACAGAAGAAGAUGCCGAGGAAAGUAAAGAAGAUGAUUCAAGAAAAGAAGAUGGACAGGUUGAGCAACAGGAAAAAGAAGAAUUGAACAAGGAAGAAGUUGAUAGGGGCGAGAAAAGUAGAAAGUCAAGGCAUGAUAGGCAUCAUCGAAGGAAGAGCUCAGAGCCAAGUGAAAAAUCUUCAGAGACGAAGCAGAAGCACCACAAGCAUGGUGAAAGGGGCGGGAAAAGUAAACGAAAGGCAGACAAGGAGCCAUCCAUGGAGAGAGAAGAAGAGGUUGCUCAAGAGGAACAACAAGAAAAAUUAGAGGAAUUAAAGCAAAGUGAAGAUAUAUUCGAAGAGUCGCCAGCAAAACCAGCUUCUCCUCAGCGCUCUGUUAAGUCUUCAUCUGCCUCUCCACACCACGAUUCUGAAGAUAAUUUUGAUCUUAGCAAAUCGCCGAUGGCAUCCUUCCAGUCAGAUCAGUCUCCUGUUAAAGAAGACGAAAACGAAGAAGGUGACACGAGGAAUGAUCUAAAGCUCAAAGGCCAAGGCAGACGGUAUCGCUCUAAAGAUGCUUCUGCAGAGUCACCAAGAAACCGCGCUGAUUCGCAGUCACCUGAUCGAGCAAUCGAUGCUGAUCAAGAUAGGGAGGAGCAACGACGAUCCAGGUCUGCAUCGCAGGACCAGCAGAGGAAGCAUUCGCUGUCGGAAGGAAGAGACAGAUCUCGAUCAAGGUCACAGGAAAAGGGGCGAAAGCAUUCAGCAGACGAUAGAGAGAAGGAAAGAGACAGAAGGAGGUCGGACAGGUCAAGAGACGAAAGGAGGAGAUCACGAUCUAGAGACAGAGCACCAGCGAGAGGAUUCAGAGACGGCAGGCGUCGCUCUGUCUCGCCAAGAGGAGGGCGUGGACCGUGGGGUGGCAACAGGUACCGCGGAUCCGGACGUAGGGACGAGCGGAGGGAUGCAUACGAAGGAAGAAGACGCAGUCCAGCGCGUAGACGGGAAGAAAGACCGAGGUCCAGGGAGAGAAGAGAGAAGGAAGACCGCAAACGGGACCCUAAGACUCGAGAUAGACAUCGGUCACGAUCAAGAUCUCCAAGAAAAGGCGAUAAAAGAGACAGAAGAUCCAAGUCAAGAUCACACUCUCCUCAUCGUGAUGGGGGAUCGAGUGCAAAGACUGCCAAGAAGUACAGUCAGAAACCAGAAACAAAAGUUAACGGGGGCACUAAAGGUGGUCAUGAGUCAGAUUAAAAAAGCAAUCCUACACGCGGAAAUUUUACUUUGCAGUGAUAGGGACUGUUUGGGAUAGUAUGAAGGGUAUUGUUGCCCUUAUAUUCCCUCCUUAAACACUCUGCCUCUACCGUCUCCACUGCAUAAACUCGACAAGUGAUGAGCUCCUCCACAAAGCCGUACCUCUUUGUCUGCUUGUGCAUUAACUGUGCAUAGAUCUACUCGUCCCUCAGCAUUAUGUCUGCUUUCAAAUUUUAUUGUCGCCUUCAAUGUUUUUGUGCUCUGUAUUAAGUAAAUGCUGAAUCGAGGUUUUUAGAAUUUAUUCAAGAAAUAUUGUUGGUUUGAUCAUUUCAGGGUGAAGUCUUAACAGUACUUCAACCUCUGUAGAAACUGCUAAUUUUCAAUAUCUGUUCGGGUAAUUUGCUUUGAAACUUAUUUUUUAAAACUACUCAUCUUUUGUUUAUAACGUAUUUAUAACUUUGAAAUUAUUA